AACCGGGGGCGUGGCUACAAGCCUUUCUUUCAUUGGCCCAGUUGUUUGGGGGCUGCCAGGUCUUCGUGCGCAGAAGCGGAAGUUGCGUGAACGCGGAACUCGUGCGCCGUCUUUCGUCCUAGGGAGGCUGCAGUCGCCGUCAUGGUCCGGAAGCUUAAGUUCCACGAGCAGAAGCUGUUGAAGCAGGUGGACUUCCUGAACUGGGAGGUGACUGACCAAAACCUGCAUGAGCUGCGCGUGUUACGGCGUUAUCGGUUGCAGCGACGUGAGGACUACACGCGUUACAACCAGCUCAGCCGGUCUGUGCGCGAGCUGGCACGGCGCCUGCGCGACCUGCCCGAGCGCGACCCGUUUCGCGUGCGCUCCUCUGCCGCGCUGCUGGAUAAACUGUAUGCUCUCGGCCUGGUGCCCACGCGUACGUCGCUCGAGCUCUGCGACUUUGUCACGGCCUCGUCCUUCUGUCGCCGCCGCCUGCCCACCGUGCUCCUUAAGCUGCGCAUGGCGCAGCACCUCCAGGCUGCCGUGGCUUUCGUGGAGCAGGGCCACGUGCGCGUGGGCCCCGACGUGGUCACCGACCCGGCCUUUCUUGUCACCCGCAGUAUGGAGGACUUCGUUACUUGGGUUGACUCGUCCAAGAUCAAACGGCACGUGCUGGAAUACAAUGAGGAGCGAGAUGACUUUGACCUGGAAGCCUAACGGGUCUUCCCCCGCCACUGCUGCAUUUCAUAGGUUAGGAAGCUGAGACCAGAUGCUGGAGAUUGUGUAAAGGCGCUUUUCCCCAAGACUGUGCCAGCCAGUCGAAGGACAUUCGAAGCCGAAGGGUACGCCCCUGUUUUCCACGAAAUUUUCUUAACCCUUGGACUAUUGAUGGUUAGGUUAAAAGACUGCCUUGAAACAAGGGGAAGCGUUUUUGUGCUGCACUGGGAAUCAUUAGGUUCUUGUUCCUUUAACACUAGUGUGAAAGCAAAAACUUUGCACCCCACUCCCGUUUUCCCCUUAUCCCCUAGCAGGACAGUUUGGUUCAUUUAAUUCUAGUUCUUGCUACUGUUCAUGACUAAGCUGUGUACCAAUGGCAGAGAAUUUUGUCUUUAAGUUUUCACAAAAUGGAUGAGACUUUAGUGUUCGGUAUCCCGUUUCUUGUUUAAAAGAAUGCUUUUUUAAUGCCAAUAAAUGGUCCAACUGCUUUGUAAGUGCAAA